UUUGUUGAGUAAAAGUGAAACUUUUUAAUAACCAUGAACAUAUUGAAAGCUAUAGGACUAAACGAGUUCAAAAAUUGGGAUAUACUGAGGAGAUUGUUAGCAGAGCUUAUAGGAACAUUUCUAUUGAUAACCAUUUCUCUCUCAGGAAUACACGAAAUAAAAUCUGCGGUUGGCUUCGCGCUAGCAAAUGGAUUACUUUUAGCUUCUAUCAUAGCAUAUACAGGCCAUAUUUCUGGUGGACAUGUGAAUCCGGCUGUUACUCUAGGAAUGUUCAUUUGCAAGUAUAUAAAACUGCUGCCCGCGCUGUGCUACGUAGUUGUGCAAAUACUUGGAGCGAUGUUAGGCCAAAUGGUAGCAAGAUUGAUAGUGGACAAAGAUUACAAGAAGAUAAGUCGGAAGGUCCCCACCUUCUCCGAGCGAUCGGAGUUUGGUCUGGAGGUGCUUGAGACAUUCCUGUUGGUGUCAGUGGCUCUGAGCGUGACGGAUCCGAGGAGGAGUGCCCGGGGAGUCGGUUCUGCUGCUUUAGCCAUCGGUCUCAGUGCAGCAGCUUCCCUCUGCGCAGUGACAGAAUACAAAGCAAGCUUAAACCCCGUCGGACACCUAGCAACGUCGAUAUAUCUAAAAUCUUCGCCCAACUGGGUGUAUUGGGGCGGCCCGCUGCUCGGUGGACUAUUAGCUGGAUUGGUUUAUAGAUAUAUCCUGAGUUAUGGAAGACCUGCGAAUAUCCGAGUUGUUUAUAAGCCGUGA